AUGGAUUCUCAGGGUGACCUGAAUAUCACUAACUUUGAUAGUGUGUAUCCUGAUACUCAAGCACCCCACAGUCUUCUGUCGGCUCUGCUGCAGGGGGACAAUACCUAUCAGAAUUAUGUGACAUCUGAUGACCACAUAACAUCCCUCCCUGGAUAUAUGCAACAUGCACCACUCGAUAUCGGCACUCUCAAUGAAGAGGCUGCGCUCCCCGAGACGCAGUUGAACGACUUUCUGGAUGAUGGGUCGUCCUACAGCUUUUACGAUACCCACGAUAUUGACAUCUGGAAUGCAGCGGAGUUGCAGAAGCCGCAAUUUAUCAGUGGUUACGAUGGACAGCUACAACAGUCACCUAGCGUAACAUCGACGCAGAACCUGAGUUUCUUUGAACCCGACAUGGCUUCACGAGAUUUUGAUAGCUCAAAUGCAAGUCUAUCUGGCAGCAGAAGUAACAGUCGCAGCCGAUUAACUGGAAGUUCUUUAUCAACGCCCAUAUCUAUAUUAUCAGAGAGCGGUAUGGAUCCGAUGCAGAGAUGGCGCGAGAGUCCCCCAGAAACCGAAGCAGCAUCUUUGUCGGCUAUAGCGGAUGCCUUGCGUACAAUGUCUACUCGUAGGCAUGCUCGUGCCGAUCAUUUGGCGGGUCAUUUCCGGCAGGGCUUGACCAUGAGCGACUGGAAAGGCGAUCAUUGCUUUGAGCCAUCCAUUGCGGCUCAAAUCAAGAAUGCCUUCCCCCCUUACCUCCUGGCGUCUGAAGCUAAGAGCAUGGUGCCGUUCUCCGCGACCGACCCUGCGACACUCGAUCAUUUGUCCCAGAUCUAUCAACGGAAUGGAGAGAUAUAUUCAGAUCAACAACUGGAUGCUGUCGCCUCGGAGGGUGACCCGUUAUUCGACCUCACACCUACAUCUUAUAUGAGAUGGGUGACUUUCCGCCUAGGCCGUUUCGCACAACAGAGUAUCGCAAACGGUAUCUUUCCUACCGAUAAGAUGUUUCAAGAUGAAUCCCGGCGGCUGGUAUAUGGAGAUAAAGAUGCAUGGGAGCAAACCGUAGCAGAUAAUAACGAGUGGUUGGCAGCCUUUCGGAGGCAGUGCCUUCCACCGAUUUGA